AUGGCUGUGAAUCAUUGGUCUAAGGAGGAUAUUGAGCUGCUUGCUUCGAUUGAUUUUUGCAAACAACGGAAGGUGGAACCCAAAGAAAAUAGGCUUAAGUUCAUGAUUUUAUUGCGCGGCGUUUCCAAUCCUGAUGUAGUGAAAGACCAUCUAAUCGAACUAUGGCGAAAGUAUGGCUACCAGAGUGAAGAUACUGAUCAAACGAUAUCAUCAGUCGAUAUGCUAAGCAAAGGUUCCGCUUAUAUGGUCAAACUUCCAGGCGAAAUGCACAAAGCUAUUAAAACACGAGUCGACCAGCAUGUCAAUAAUGAGACAAGUCAAUUCAUCAUCAAACUGAUAGAAGACAGCGAAGAGCAGAAGAGAAACACGGGCCAGUCGAAAAAUGAUUCUUUGACAAAAGAGGAUGAGAGGGGAGUAAAGCGUGGAAAGCAACUGGAGAAAGCAGACAAUAGUCUUCCCCUUUCCAAAAAACCUCGCUUGAGUAAAGAUGAUUCGUCUGCAACAGUCAUUCAACAUAGCGCUGCGAGUGGAAGCAGGAAAUCCCGUCCCCCUGCUGAAAAGCCGGCAGUCACUUCGGCCGAAGCUACAGAUGGAGUUGCAACUUGCAACGGCAAGGAGAUCAUCCAAGCCAAGCCUCAAGUACCCCCGUUGGAUCCGUCAGACCAAGAAACAAAUGGAGAUAACUGGGCGAAACAUUGGAAAUCAGUGGAGAACAAACAUAACCGAGAAAUAGCUCAUAUUCAAGAGCUGUGGCAAGCAGAGGUCGAAAAGCUCAGCAUAAAGGAAGCUGAGGCGCAAGCAACGAUCAGAGAUCUAAAGGUACAAAUAAAACACCUGAAUGAAGCACGAAAGACUCGCGAAGAAGGAGAACGAGAGACUCACGAAAAGGAUGCGAACAUUUCGUUGGAGACCCGACAAUUUGAGGAUCUGGAGGAAAUAUACCGAUUGACCAAAGAGAAUAAAGAGAUACGCAAAUUUGCAACAUUUGCCAAUCUAGAUUUACCUGGAAGCCUACAUCUCGGACACGAUACGGCCGACGACGCGAUGGAUCAAAUACAAUUCGAGCUCUCCUCAAUUUCUUACCAUCGCAAUACUAGCCAGCAACUUUUCCCUAAAAUAUUUGCAAUGUCGGGGGACCUGCGCAACCUAAUACUUUCCGCUUUUGGUAGCGACAUCGAAACUGCCAGCGGAAGAAACGAUGUCGAGACCAUCAUGAAAAAGUUUGAUGCACACAUCUGCAUUAGAGUUUUUGUCUUGGCUGCGCUGAAAGACUGGGUAUUUAUGUCGAGUUUUCCGAACUUCGCACCUUCAAAUCCCCGUAUUUUGUUGAAUUAUAGGCAUAUUAUCUCCAGAAUAGGUGAGUGUCAUGCCAUUAAUAUUGGACAGAGGACUAAUCUUGUAGACGGGAAGGACAGACUAUAUAGCUUGGACAUGGCAGCUCAUCGCGCGAUUAUCGAGGGAAAAUGGUUCAAGGAAGAGUCGAUACCCAGAAGAGCCACGGAUUUCGCGGCGAGGUUGUCCAACGCAAUGGCUCCCUUGUUCGCAACCACAUCAGACAAUAUAGAAGAUGGACUAUUCCAUACUUGGGGGGAGCAUCCAGAAUGUUGGAAAGAUAGGCGAGCACAUCUGCAAGAAAUCUUCCAGACAGCUUUGACCUUGAAGGCCAAUUCUGUUAUCACAAAAUCUCGGUAUGAAUUCGUAAUCUACCCAGUGGGGACGACGUUUGUGGACGACAUCACAGCUAGGAAACACUCAAGUGGAUCCAAGAGUUGCAGUAGCUGGAUUCAUGCAUCAUUUCACAUAUAUGACACUGCAACCGGUGGGAAUAUCAAAGAAUCCGCCUUGGUACAGACACAAAAUUUCUUAAGGAAGACUGCCGAAGAAAGGAUCGGUGCAAAGUACAGCAAAGUUUUGUUGUUCCCAAAGAAAUCAUCUGAAGCCGUCUCCAGUCGUAUCACUGAGCUUGCGGAAAACUCGAAACCAGAUUGUAGAAGUACGGGGCAAUCGAGCAAGGGCGUACAGCUUGGUACAUCUCAACUUUCCACAGUCGCCAAUACUUAUGAUAGUGAUAUAAAGGCACACAAUUCUGUUGAAACCGAAGAUUUCUCAAACUCUGACAGAAGUGGAGAUCCACCUCUUCCAAGAUGCGAGCAAUGUGACAAAGAAUUCCCGGCUCUGGCUUCACUUCGUACGCACGAAAAGAAUAGAAGUUGUACAAAGUGCCCAGAAUGUGGCAGAAGAUUCAAUCGCGCCUCUACUCUGCGUAAUCACCAAAAAGCUGAGCAUAGCGAAUAUUGUAGGCCAAAACGUGGAGAGCAGAUGACCGAACUUUCUGCUGAGCCGAUACGCCCUCAGCCAAGCGCCAUGGUAGACCAGCAGAACAGUCGAUACCAUGAAGAUAUUUUAGCUGCUGUUGCCAGGACUUUCAGCCCAACUUAUCAGCGCGUUGAAACUCAACACAAAGCCCAAUUGAUUGAUACGCCACGGCCAGAUUCAAUCACAAAACCACAGACUGCGCCCGAGGAGAGUCAUCAAAAUAUACCACGCGAGAAGAGAAUUGAAACCGAAACCGUAGAUCCCAAACCGAAGUGCAGUCACUGCGAGAGGACCUUUGUGGAUAUAACUAAAUUGUAUCGGCAUCUUAAAUUGAGUGAGUUGUAUCGUGCAUAUAUGUGUCUAUCACUGACACAGGUAUCAGAAGUUUGCUCGCUUGAUUGUCUGGUUUGCAACGAAAAAUUCAACAGUCUGGAUGAUAGACGGCAUCACCAGCGUGCAGAACAUUCCAAAAUUCGAAAUUUGAUGGAAGGAGAGGGAAGAGUAGCACCCGAACCACAAACCCCAUCGGUUCCGCCCGAAAAACCCAACACAAAGAGUUUGACUCCUACGCGAACUCCAUCAACAACCGGCGCACGAAGUCAUGAUAGAAGUAGGUUGUCCCAUCACAUUGCCCUCUCAGCACGAUGGCUUGUCACUGACGAUAGCAAAGCUGGUAAAUCUCGCUAUAAGAAAACUCCUAGCAGAGAAACCGAGGGCUCAGAUGCAGACGACAUGCUCUCUCCUUCUGAAAUGGUGAAAGUAAAUCGUGCUCAAAGAAGAACUACAAGAUCUUCAAAUGGAGCUGAAAUGAGGAAUGGCUAG